AUGGCACCAAAGAAGAAAACUUCAACUGUUGCAAAGAAAGCCGCCAAGGUUGCUGCUGUCAAAGAGCAGCAGCCCAAGCCAGCUUCCACAUCUCUCAAGCGCAGAGCCGUUGAAGAGGAACAAGACGAAAGUGACAAUGAUGAUUUCGGCAAUGUAGACAUUGACAUGGGCUCUUCUGACGAGGAAAAUGACGAUGCUGCUGAUGACAAUGACCAAGAUGAAACAGAAGCUUUCCCUGAAAUCAGUCUUAGUGACGACGAUGAAGAGGAUGAUGAAGAUUUCCAAGCUGACAGCGAGGAAUUGGACGAUGAUGAGGAUGAAGAGUUGGAGGAGGAAGACGAGUACAUGGCUGGCGAUAGCUUGGAUGAAGCUGAUUUGGAUGAGGAACUCGAACGUGAGCUGGAGCAAGAACAAAUGGAGGAAGAGGAAGAGGAAGAGUCAAAGGACAAGGAUGGCUUCACUUUGCCCAAGCCCUACCGUCAACGUUAUGCUGAGGAUCCUUUGCCCGAGAUCGAGGGUAACUACGACAGUGACAGUUCAACCGAGGAAACCGAAAAUACCAUUGGCAAUGUACCUCUUGAAUGGUACAACGAUUUACCUCACAUUGGUUACGACAUUGACGGUAAAAAGAUCUUGAAGCCUGCCACUGGUGAUGAACUUGAUAAAUUCUUGGCUACGAUGGAAGAUCCCGAUUCAUGGAAGACUGUCAAGAGCGACAAGGAAGGCAAGGACAUUGUGUUGGAUGACAGAGAAUUGGACAUUAUUCAGAGACUUCAACGCGGUAUCAUUCCCGAUUCCACCUACGAUCCCUAUGAGCCUACUGUUGAAUGGUUCACAUCAAAGACUGAGGAGAUGCCUCUCUCUGCUCGUCCUGAGCCCAAGAGUAGAUUCGUUCCUUCCAAGUGGGAGCACAAGAAGAUAAUGAAGAUUGUGCGUGCUAUUCGUCAAGGCCGUAUUGUACCUCGCAAGCCCAAAGAUGAGAAGCCUCGAUUCUACAACCUGUGGGGCGACGACGACACACCUCGUGAAGACCACAUCAUGCAUAUCGCUGCUCCCAAGAUGAAGCUGCCUGAACACGACGAAAGUUACAACCCACCUGCUGAAUAUUUGCCUGACGAGCAAGAGAUCAAGGAGUGGAAUGAGAUGGACGAAGAAGAUAGACCCAAGAACUACCUUCCCAAAAAGUUUAGCAGCUUGCGUCAUGUUCCUGCCUAUGAUCAAUUCAUUCAAGAGAGAUUCCAUCGUUGUCUUGAUCUUUACUUGGCUCCUCGUGUUCGCAAGAACAGAUUGAACAUUGACCCUGAAUCACUGGUACCCAAGUUGCCCAGCCCCAAGGAUCUCCGUCCCUUCCCUACACAUCAGUCCAUCUCCUACGAGGGCCACACUGCUCGUAUUCGUGCCCUCUCUGUUCACCCCAACGGUCUCUAUGCCAUAUCUGGUUCCGAUGAUAAUACAUGCCGUCUUUGGGAAGUCUUGACAGGUCGCUGUCUUACCAUGUGGAAGUUUGAUGGUGUUAUUCAUGCACUUGGCUGGUGUCCCAACCCUGAUGUGUGGCUCUUUGCCAUCUCUGUGGGUCAUGGUGAAGUCCAUUUGAUCUCUCCUCCAAAGCUCUGUUCUGCUGAGCAAGCCAUGAACACGGAUCAAUUCACAAAGUCUGGCUUUGCCAUCACCAACGACGACAAUAAGCAAGCUGUUACCUGGAUUAGAGCAAGCGAGGCUGACGAGGAAAAGUAUGGCUAUAAAGUACGCAUUCAGCAUACACAGGUUGUCAAGCAAAUUACAUGGCACCGCAAGGGUGAUUACCUGGCUACCGUCUCUCCUGAUGCCAAGAACCUUGCUGUUCUCAUUCAUCAAGUGACAAAGCACCAAACGCAAUCUCCUUUCAAACGUCUCAAGGGACUUGUUCAAAAGGUUGCUUUCCAUCCCAUCAAACCUAUUUUCUUUGUUGCUACUCAAAUCUAUGUUCGUGUUUAUGACUUGAUGCAACAACAAUUAGUCAAGACAUUACAAACCAGUGUGAAAUGGGUUUCUAGUAUUGAUAUUCAUCCUGGCGGUGAUAAUGUCAUUAUUGGCUCAUACGAUAAAAGAGUUUGUUGGUUUGAUUUGGAUCUUAGCUCAAGGCCAUACAAAUCACUUCGAUAUCACAACAAGGCAGUUCGUCAGGUCUCAUUUCACAAGCGAUACCCUCUUUUUGCUUCCUCGUCUGAUGAUGGUACUAUUCAAAUUUUCUAUGGUAUGGUCUACAACGAUUUGUUGCAAAAUCCUUUGAUUGUACCUGUCAAAAUCUUACGAGGCCAUGAAACCAAGGAUGGACUUGGUGUAUUAAAUAUCGAGUUCCAUCCUACACAACCUUGGAUCUUCUCUACUGGUUCAGAUGGUACUUUUAGACUUUGGACUUAG